UUGCCCGCAAAUCACAUGGCACAAAGAGACAAACAACCAUAAAUACUGACAAUACAGUUAUUAAUUACGACAAAUAAAUGCAAGCAAUGUUAACUAGGGGUAACCUUGCUUCAGACACAAAACAUCUGUUAAGAAAAUACAUCUGGACAAUUAUUACGGCAUUUCAAAAACAAACUUUAGAGACUGGAGAAAAGGAGUCGCGGAAACGCGCAUGCGCACUGAGUGGGUCUGCCCUGCCCAUUAAAAAAAAAAAAAAAAAAUCACUCCAUUGUGACGUCACCUCAGGAAGGAGGCGGAGCUGGAGGAGUCUUCCACGAGACUACGCUGACGUCACGCGCAGCGAAAAUGCCAUAAAACCACAUUGUCGCUAAAGUGGAGCGGGACAAAACAAUUGCGACUCGUUGCGGAAGCGCCAGGAAAUGUUUUGAUUCUAACAUGUUUUGUUUUGGCCCUUCGAAGACACCGGAGAAACCUCUUGACGCACGCGUAUUAACGCACGCCGCUGGAGCCGCAGCCGACUCGGAAGAGCGAAGAAGAAAAGUGGAGAGGAACAGGAAGUUGGACAACAACUCCCGAGACGCAGAAAAAGCAGGAGCGUACGCUUGGGGAUGAGCUGUGAAAAAAAGCGGAGCGGCUUCCAAAUUACCAGCGUGACGUCCGACUUCAGGCAAACGUGGGCCGGCCAAUCAGCUCCCGGUGUGAUCCUGACAGUCGCCGAACCGACGGCCGCCUCCCGUAGUCCCCGUGGCAGCUCCUCCCAGCCCACCACGCCCUCCCCGAAGAGGAGACAUAUAUCCCACGAUGCCGUGAGGCAGGGGUCAGGCGCUUCCUCCAGGUUCCGACUGGUGCGGUUGGCAGGUGGCGGCACGGGCGCCCGCGGUAAUGGCGACGCGUACGGGCGUGGCCGCUGGAUGUGCACAGACUUUACGGAAGGGCUGCGGCUAAAGCGUGUCACGGACAGCAUGAGACACGCCCAAUCGCUGGAGUCUCUGGAGUCAAUUCGAGGACCACCUCAGCCAAUCGGAAGCGGGGAAACGGUGGACCAACUUGUGCCUUCUCCGCAUCCUCCAUUCCACCUGGCCGUCAGUGCCCGGGGGGAGUCUGUCCUCAGGCUUUCUCGCUCUCAACCCAGCUCGCCUCCUCCCACUUUGACUGCCAUCCCCGCUCGGGCGGCGUUUGGCCUGGACCGGAGCGCCACCUUUAGCCUGCCACCGGACAUCAGCGUGGUUGCCAUCGACAACAAGAUCCAAGAGGCUAUGAUGUCACCGACGGAGACGGAUGGAGGCCUCACUCUGACCCUCAAGUGGAGCCCAGCAAUAUUGGAUCACAGUUUCUCUUCAGAACAGUUUUUUUUUUCUGGGGGGAGGUGGGGGCAGAAUUUGUUGUAAAUAUUACUCGGUGUCUAAUACUCGAGAGUACCAAAAUCUCCUCUCCAAAACCAACAACAAAAUGGCGUCCCGGCGUGAGACCCGUCCAUUUCCCCCGUGACAGUCUUUGGAGGAGGAUGCUGGCCCUUUAAGAGGGGAAGCUGGCAAGAUAAGCCCCCCUCCCCCGGAACACCCCACGCACACCUCCUUCCCCCAGCACAUUGUUCUGCCGCUGCCGGCGAGAAGCCGCUUCCUCCGCGCGCCGCCCUCCGCGGCAAACACGCACAGACAGACUGACGGACGCCUGGGCUGGAUGUGGACGCUUGCCCUUCGGUGCGGGGGGGACGCAACGGCCGCUCGCCGCCGUGACGCACGAUUAGGACCCUGACGCUCAAACGGGGGACAAAGACGCACGCAUCGGGUCGGUCCAAAGAUGCUCUGAGGGAAGACAAGCCGCCAGACUGGGAACAAGCUCAGCCUGAAGUCAUGAGGAGGAGACAAGAAGGUUGUUGGUUCAUUUCUAUCAAGCUAUGUCAAGGUAUUCCAAGUCGAUCUAAAUCAUGUUCAUGACAGAUCCUCUUCCGCAGAGCGCAACAGGAAAGGUGUGUGUAAGUGUGCGCGCGCGUGUGUCCUACUUUUUGGGCCUUUGUCUGACCGCCCCACAGAAAAUAUACAAAAAAUAUGACGACACACAACGGAGAUUUCAGAGAAAAGACGGCAAAGUGUGUCAAAAAAAAAAAAAAAAGGUUCCCCGAAGAGGAACAAAAGGCCGACAAACAUUAGCACGUCCGACAGUCUGUCGGUGGUGAGGCAGUUGCCACGGCAACACAAAUGUCAUCAGGGGACCCGGAGGACUCGUAGAGACUUGGAGGGACGUAGACUUGUAGAGACGUGAAAAGAGUCCUGUAGGGAUUUUUAGGGACAUGAUGAGGCUUGAAAAGGACAAGCGGAGGAACAAAGGCCACAGACGUGGUGAUGCAGUUGCCAUGGAGUGGUCGCCAGCAGAAUUAGGAGACUUGUGGGGAACUUUUAGGGACAUGAUGAGAAUUAGAGGGACACGAAGAGUACUUUAGUGAUUUUCAAGGCCUUGAGAAGAUCUGACGGACUUAUCAGGACAAUAAGAGACUUGAAGAUCAAGAUAAAAGAAAUUGAAGGUAUUUUUAGGGACAGAAAGAGACUCGUAAGCUUUUGAAGGACUUCACAAGAUGUACGAGACUUGUAGAGAGAUGACGAGAUCUGGUAGGACCCUGUGUAGAUGUAUGGGGACAUUGGGAGGUCAUGAAAACAUUUGAAGAUGCUUGACGAGGGCACCAAAAUGAAGACAUAUCCACUUGUCUGUCACCAAGCGACCUGACCAGUGCCAAGAAGAACUCGUGAGACCUGUGCCGCGGAGGUGAGGUGGUCGCCAUGGCACCCCGGCCGUCUUCAGGGGAACUAUGGGGCCUCCACCUGAUGCCCCCGUGCAUCUUAGUGGACUGCUGCCUUCCCAACGGGAUGAUGGUGAGUCUGGAGUGUCUUCGAGAAACUCCUCUCAUCAGUAUCAAGCAGCAGCUCUUCGCCGAGGCCAAGAAGUAUCCGCUCUACCACCUGCUGCAGGAGGAGUCCAGCUACAUCUUUGUGGGUGUGACCCAGGAAGCGGAGAGGGAAGAAUUUUACGACGAGACGAGGAGACUGUGCGACCUACGCCUGUUCCACCCCAUCCUGAAAGUGAUCGAACCGCUGGGAAAUCGCGAAGAGAAGAUCCUAAACCGAGAGAUCGGAUUUGCCAUCGGGAUGCCAGUGUGUGAAUUUGAGAUGAUGAAGGACCCGGAGGUUCAGGAUUUUCGCCGAGCCAUACUGGGUGUGUGCAGGGAGGCCAUGGAGGAGCGGGAGGGGGGAGGCGCCCACAGCCAAGCACUCUAUGUUUAUCCCCCAAAUGUGGAGUCCAGCUCCCAACUCCCACAGCACAUCUACAGCAAGCUGGACAAAGGAAGACUGAUUGUAACCAUCUGGGUGAUCGUGUCACCGACCAACUCCAAACAGAAAUACACGCUGAAGGUUAGCCACGACAGCCUUCCUGAACAGCUAAUAGCAGAGUCCAUCAGGAAGAAGAGCAGAUCCAUGCACCUUUCCCCUCAGCAGCUCCGCCUCUGUGUACAGGAGUACCAGGGCCAGUACAUCCUCAAGGUGUGUGGAUGUGACGAGUACCUGUUGGAAAAGUAUCCACUCAGUCAGUACAAGUACAUCCGCUCCUGUAUCAUCGUAGGACGUCUUCCUCACCUCAUGCUGGUCUCCAAGGACAGUCUUUACUGUCAGCUUCCCGCCUCAAGCUUCAUCACUCCUUCAUACAGUCGCCGAACUCCGCAACCGUCUCCCUGUCCGGGAGGGUCCGACGGCUCUCCACCGCGCUCGCUUUGGGCCUUCAACACCCGACUGAGGGUCCGACUGCUCUGCGCCACCUAUGUCAACGUUAACAUCCGAGACAUUGAUAAGAUCUACGUAAGAACUGGGAUUUAUCAUGGAGGAGAGCCACUAUGUGACAAUGUCAACACACAAAGAGUCCCCUGCUCCAACCCGAGGUGGAACGAAUGGUUGACCUACGACAUCUACCUGGCAGACCUGCCUCGCUCAGCCCGACUCUGCCUGUCUAUCUGCUCUGUGAAGGGAAGGAAAGGAGCCAAGGAGGAACACUGUCCAUUGGCCUGGGGAAACGUGAACCUCUUUGACUAUAAGGACAUUCUGGUGUCAGGGAAAGUGGCGCUCAGUUUAUGGCCCGUACCUCACGGGCUCGAGGACCUGCUGAACCCCAUCGGUGUGGCCGGUUCUAAUCCUAACAAGGAGUCUCCCUGUGUCGAACUUGAGUUCUCCUGGUUCAACCAGCCAGUUGUGUUUCCAGACGAGCAGCAAAUUGAAGAACACGCCAACUGGAUCAUCAGUAGAGAGCUCGGCUUCAACUACACACAUGGCCUGAGAGACCCUGUCUCACUGCGUUGUAGAGCAGUCGUUUGGCAUGUGACAGCAGUGUUUCAGCAUCAGACGCAGAGCAGCUUCGAAGUCUCUGCUCCAAAGAUCCUCUCUAUGAACUUUCGGAACAAGAGAAGGACUUCCUGUGGAGACACAGAGUCCCUUCCCAAGCUGCUUCUUUCCGUCAAGUGGAAUUCCAGAGAUGAAGUAUCUCAGAUGUACUGCCUGUUGAAGGAGUGGCCUCUGAUGGAGUCGGAGUCGGCUCUGGAAUUGCUGGACUGUAACUUCCCUGACCCCAUGGUGAGAGAGUUUGCACUGCGCUGCCUGGUCCAAAGUCUGACGGAUGACAAGCUGUCUCAGUACCUGCUGCAGCUCGUACAGGUGCUGAAGUACGAGAUGUACCUGGACAACCCGUUGGCCCGUUUCCUGAUCAAGAAAGCCUUGACCAAUCAGAGGAUUGGACACUUCUUUUUCUGGCAUCUCAAGUCCGAGAUGCACAACAAGACAGUGUCACGUCGCUUUGGCCUCUUGCUGGAGGCGUUCUGCAGAGCCUGCGGCAUGUACCUUAAACACCUGAACCGACAGGUGGAGGCCAUGGACAAACUGGUGAACCUCACAGAUACACUCAAACAGGAAAAGAAAGACGAGACCCAGAAAACUCAGAUGAAGUUCCUGGUUGAGCACAUGUCCCGUCCAGAUUACAUGGAAGCUCUGCAGGGAUUUGUCUCUCCUCUGAACCCCGUCCACCAGCUCGGACACCUCAGGUUGGAGGAGUGCCGGAUCAUGUCGUCGGCAAAGCGUCCGCUGUGGUUGAACUGGGAGAACCCCGACAUCAUGUCGGAGCUGCUCUUCACCAACAACGAGAUCAUCUUCAAAAACGGCGACGACUUACGGCAGGACAUGCUGACACUGCAGAUCAUCAAAAUCAUGGAGAACAUCUGGCAGAACCAAGGCCUGGACCUGCGCAUGCUGCCCUAUGGAUGCCUGUCCAUCGGCGACUGCGUUGGUCUCAUCGAGGUGGUGAAGAGCAGUUUCACCAUCAUGCAGAUUCAGUGCAAAGGAGGCCUCAAGGGGGCCCUGCAGUUCAAUUCCAACACUCUGCACCAUUGGAUUAAAGACAAGAACCGCGGAGAGGCGUAUGAUCGCGCCAUUGACUUGUUCACCAGAUCGUGUGCCGGCUACUGCGUGGCCACGUUCAUUCUGGGAAUCGGCGACCGCCACAAUUCCAACAUCAUGGUGAAGGAGAACGGACAGCUCUUCCACAUCGACUUCGGUCACUUCCUGGAUCACAAGAAGAAAAAGUUCGGCUACAAACGGGAGCGCGUCCCUUUCGUCCUCACGCAGGACUUCCUGAUUGUCAUCAGCAAAGGCAUCCAGGAGUCCACCAAGACAAAGGAAUUUGACAGGUUUCAGGAAAUGUGCUACAAGGCCUAUCUGGCUAUCCGCCAGCACGCCAGCCUCUUCAUCAACUUGUUCUCGCUGCUACUUGGAUGCGGUAUGCCUGAACUGCAGAGCUUUGACGACAUCGCCUACUUGAGGAAAACCCUGGCACUGGAGAAAAGCCAGCAGGAGGCGCUGGAGUACUUCAGCAAACAGAUGAACGACGCUCACCACGGAGGCUGGAGCACCAAGAUGGACUGGAUCUUCCACACCAUCCGACACAUGCCCAACGAGCACUAACUCAUGCACACGCACUACAACGUUGUCACGGCAACGCCAAUCUCAGGGUCGCAGGUCCGAGAAUGCAAAAGGCGUCUUCCCCUCUCUUCGGUGCUAAUGUUAAGCCAGUGAGCUGCUGUUGUAGCGUACAUCCCCGACAACUGCUGUGAAGAUAAUAAAAGCAAUACACAAGACGAGACAAUCAGCCCCCCGGCCAAUCAGCAGGGGGGCGGAGCAAGAGCACCGGUGGAAUUCCUCCAGAGGGGGCCAAACCUUUGAAUUUGCUCAUCCAGAGCGGCGUGACUGCUGAAUGAUGAAGAUUGUAUGCUUCAAGGAAUGAUUGGUUGAGGAUGUCAUUACUGAUGUGGUCCACAACAUGUCAAGUGGUUUUUGCACUGUGCGACAGUCCUUCACUUGAAUAAGUGUUACUUUUGCAUAACAAACAAAAUAAAUGAUUUA